AUUUAUAAGGAAAAGAGAUUUAAUUGAUUCAUAGUUCCGCAUGGCUUGGGAGGCCUCAGUAAACUUACAAUCAUGGUGGAAGGCAAAGGGGAGCAAGGGGCAUGUCUUCCUAUAUCAUCUUCUAUUACUGUUGUGCUUACAAUCUGAGUGUAUUACUGAUGUUGCCAGUUGCAGAACCUGAAUGUGUUUCCCACUUUUGCAACUCUUCUGCUUUUGUUGCUUAUUUAUCUGAGUAUCUCGAUCAUUGAGGUUGUGCAAUUGUAAAGACAGACGCAAAUACGAAGAGAGGCACUUUGUUCCUCAAAGGCCUUUGGCUCUUUUUUUCUCUCCUAUUUUUCAGAGACUUUUGUUCUGAAGCCUUUGGUUCUUGAAUGAGAAUUAAACAUGUUUUUCUAGAGAGGAAUGAAUUCGAGAUAUUUGGGGCUGAGGUAGUGCAAUCUUAAUUCAUUAUAUAAUUUUCUAGAACUUUAACGCCAGUUUAUUUAGAGCAUGAACAUUUAUAAAAAUCACAUUAAAAAAGGGUAAGUGGGCGAGGGUGUCUUUCUCAUUCAUUGUGUACAUACAGCUCAGAAAACCUGAUCUCUAGGCUAUAGCUCUAAUUAAGUCCUUUUAUAUAACUGCAGAAGGAAGUUCUUGCAUUGUGGGUCACUGAGAAUACAUUGAAUCCCAGUCCACUAUACAAUUUAUUGAAAAUUGUAGAGAUUUGAGUUAACAGUGCUAGUCUUUUGUGACUUGCAGAAAUUAAACUGAGGAAUGCUGUUUGUAUUGGUAAUUUGAGCAUCUAAAAGAGCUGUCUCCUGGGGUGGGGGUGGGUGGCAGGGAGCUUAAUUGUGUUGUGGCUGAAUUUGGAGUUGCCACUGUCAAAAGUGUUUUAAGGCUUUUGUCCCAGAGAAAGACUUAAAAUGCUUAAAUGUCACUUGAACUGCACUCUAUUCUAAACUUCUCAAGAUUAGGAUUAAACCAGUCAAGCUUGCCUAUUAUUGAGCUCUUUCUCACUUUACUUCAGAAUUUUUGUUGCUUUGUAAAAAUUAAAAAUGGGGUAUUACUCGAAGAAAAAAGGCUUGACUAAUAUUGUCUUUCUUAAAGCUCUUUUGUUGUUAGCAAUAGAAAUCCAGCACCACCUAGUUUAAGCCCAAAGCAGGAUUUAUCAUAAAGCAUAUAAAGAGAGGCCCAGAACUCAAGGAGAGGAAAGUGUCCUAACUUCAGAAUAGGGAGAACCAGGGCUUUGAACACAGGUGGGAUGUUCCCUCUGGCUCUUAUGUCUGGUUCUUUGAGCAGCUUGGCUGCAUUAUUAACUCACUGUGGAAGGGCUUUCUUGCUAGGUAGAAAAAAAACAUGGCUCCCAAGUUACAACAUCCAUCCCAACCAACAGACUGGGUCCCAGCCCUCUCUUUGGUCCAAUAUUUGAGUCAAGUAGUGUAACAACUGUGGUCAGGAAACAGAGCAAUGUUGCACUAAAUCAUUUCUUACAGGACUCAUGUAACCUAGAGGUGCUCAAAUUAUUAUCCGGGGAUAUCUAAGGCAAAAUUAGAGUUUACCUGGUGUGACUGGGCAGGAUAAGCCAAGGGAAGACUGAGGACAAGGAGAUGAGGUUAGGGAGGUGGCUAACCAUGGUUCAUGCAAGUCCUUGAUUGGUUAGGGUAAGAUUCCAGAGCACAGUUGCCCAGUGGAAAUGUAACAUGGGCUGGGCAUGGUGGUUAACUCCCGUAAUCCUAACAUUUUGGGAGGACGAGGCAGGUGGAUUGCUUGAGGCCAGGAGUUCAAGAUCAGCCCAGGCAAUAUGGUGAGACAUGCCCCAGAGUUAGGAGGUGGGGCCUUUGGGAAACAAUUAGAUCAUAACAUAGCCCUCAUGAAUAGGAUUACUGCCCUUAUAAAAGAGGCCCCAGAGAGCUACCUUGUGGCUUCCAUCAUAUGAAGACACAACCAGAACAAAGAAGUGGGCCCUCACUGGACAUCAAAUCUACCAGCACACUGAUUUUGAAUUUCUAGCAUCCAGAACUGUAAGAAAUACAUUUCUGUCCUUUAUAAGUCACCCAGUCUGUUAUAUUCUAACAGCCUGAACAGAUUGAGAAAGUAACAGAAAGGAACAAAAGUAACUGACCUGCUUCUUCAUAUUCAUAAGCAUGAAAGGACAACCAAGGAUCAUAAGAUGUUUGAAUAAAACUAGCAGGUUCAAAAUGAAUUAAAAAAAAAAAAUGUACCCUAGAAGAAACACAGAUAGUUUAUGGAAUAGAGAUAACUUUUUAAAAGUUCAGAUUAAUAUUGUGAAAGAAAUCUAAAGUGAUAGCAUCUAUAAAAUACUAACAGGUGACUGUAAAAGCAAAAAAUAGUAUGUUUUAAAACUAUAAUUCUAAAAUAAAGCAUGGGCUAGAAGAAAAAGUCAAGGAAAUCUUGCAAAAUGUAGAACAAGGGACAAAACGUUGAUGAGUGAGAAAAAGGUUGAAAGACAGAGGUGACCCGCUAAGAAGGGCCAGUGUCCAUCAAUAAGAAUUUUAGGUUGAGAACACAGAAAACAGAGAGAAGCAAAUAAACAGGAAUAGUGCUCCCAGAGCUAAAGAACUAUGACUUCAGAUAGAAAGGUCUUACCCACUGCUAAUCCAUAUGAAUGGAAAAAUACCCAUAUCUAACAGUAUCCUGGAGGAACUUCACAAUUCCAAGGACAAAAAGGAAUGCCUAAAAGAUUCCCAAAAGGAAAAAAGAGGGCACUCCAGGGAAUGACAACUAUAUUGGCAUUUUAUUUCUUAUCAGCUCACUAGGUGCUGGAAAAGAAAGGAACAAUGCCUUUUGAAAAUCUCUGAAGGACAAUGAUUUUGAGCCCAGAGUUCUACAACCAUUCAAAUUAGCAUUUAAAUGGAAAUCAAAAUAUAUAUAUUUUGAUUUCCAAGGACUGAGGAACUUUAUCACCUACAAACCCUUCCCGAAAGAACUGCUUAAGGAUGUACUACAGCAAAACGAAAAGAAAUCUAAGGAAGAGGAAGAUACCAGCUGCAGAAACAGAGCAAUUCAAAGAAACCGUAGAGUGUUACUUGCGCAAUAGGCCCCCAAAAGGAAUAAUGUGAAGACACAGAAUCAUUGUAGUGGAUAAAGUUUUAUUACAGUACUAAAUUUAAAAAUCACAGUAUAUUUACUUUUCCCUCAAGAGAGUCUGGGCACAGUGCAUCAUGCCUGUAAUCCUAGUACUUUGGGAGGCUGAGACAAGAGCAUGGCUUGAGCCCAGGAGUUUGACAUCAGCCUGGGUGACACAGUGAGACCUGUCUCUACCAAAGAAUAAGACAAUUAGCCUUAGUGACAGAUAAUUACAUCACCUUUUCUACCGGGUCCAAACACUCAUUUGACCCUGCCAUGAAUAUUUUUUAUAUCAUCAGCAGACUACAGAAAUUUGUUCUUGGUUUUCAGUGUUAAGAAUUAACCUACAGACAAUUUAUGGAAGAUUUAAUUUGCAUUAGAGAACAGUGUGCUAUAAACUCUGCCAAUGCCAGGACAUGUUAAGAGGUAUAUAAAGUAUAGGUAGAGAGGAAGACAAAGGGAAGGAGUAGGGGUGCCAAGCCCCUCAGCUUACCCAGCAGAAAAGAGAUACUUAGUGUGAGGUGGGGUUGGGGCCCAGGGGAGGGUGGCAGGUGAGUUUAGGAGAGGAUAGGACACAUGGGUGGAAAGUGAGGUGAAUGAGGGCUGGGAGGUUGCAGGGUGCACUGAGUGGAAAAGGCAGGGCAGAGCAGGGUGUGCUGAACGGAGAGAGUAGAGCAGAGCAGGGGUUGCAGGGUGGAAGGGGUGGUGCAGAGCAAGUGGUGCUGAGCAGAAGGGGUGGGGCAGAGCAGGGGGUGCUGGGCAGAAAAAGUGGGGUAGAACAGGGGGUGCUGCGCAGAAGAGGUGUGGCAGAGCAGAGUGCUAACUGGAAAAGGCAGUGCAGAACAAAGAGUGAUGAGCGGAAGAGGUGGGGCAGAGCAGGGGGGUGCUGGGCGGAAGGGGCGGGGUAGGGGCGAGGGCAGAGCGCCCCCUCGUGGCUGGGGCGCCUGCGCAAACCAGCUGCCUCACGCUCACUGGAGCUCGCGUUGCUUGGCCGCACCUCACUUGUGCUGUCUUCGCCUGACUUUGUCUUACCUGACGCGAUAUGCCUCUCCUGCGUGGGCGCUGUCCUGUCCGCCGCCACUACCGCGACGUGGCCCUGCUUGGCCUGCAGCCGGCUCCCCGCUUCGCCCACUCGGAGCCCCCGCGCCAGCGGCCCCUUUCUGCCGCCGAAAUGGCUGUUGGACUUGUGGUGUUUUUUACGACCUUCUUAACACCCGCUGCAUACGUGCUAGGCAACCUGAAGCAGUUCAGAAAGAAUUAGAUGGAAGAAGAUGUUGAACAGCUGUUAACGUCCAAAAAACUUUCAGAAAAAGCUGUGUUUUUGUUAACGAGAGCAAGAUUACCUAGUUGAGUGAUGCAACUAUUGUGAUAUUCACUUUCCUCUUGUUUAUGAUGAAUAUUUUGCACUUUUUUAGUACUGUGCAUUAUAUAGAUGUAUAGUGAAAAAUGUUCUGCUUAAGUGUUAAAUAAAACAGAAACACUUAUUUGUGCUUGGUAA